AUGUUAUUUGCUCUCCUUGUUUUUAUAAUCUCAUUUCUUGGCAUCACAACACUCUCACUGUUCUUCUUCAUCCGCGCUCACUUCAAUAAAACUCCCCCACUUAUGUCGUCGCCACAACUCAAAAAGUUUCCCCCAUCGCCUCGUUCGAAAAAUUUGAACUUGAGCGGCGUGGACGACUGGAUCUCCGUCUUCUCAGAUCCACUCAAUUUGAAGUCGGAGUGCAUUAUCGUCUUUGGAAAAGAAGAACAACUUGGCUUCUUUAGUGUCGACAAAGAACACAUCAUCCUCCAGAUCAACACGGUGAAGUACAAAACUAAGAUCUCGACGUUACAAAUCACUAACAUCUACUUCGCACGAUCGAAAAUUAACAAAAACAACUUCAUCGAGUUAAACAGUCCGACAGAGAUCAUCCCACCAUUUUACACUGUUUUGAUUCGCUUCAGACACGGAUACCAAUUCGAAUUUUGGUUGUAUUACAUCAAAACAUUCCAACAAGGCCGUGCAAAGUACAAACAAGCCGACGACGCGUUUGUAACACUCUUUAGAGAACUUGCUCGACUCACUCCAAACAUAUCACAAGACGCUUUGCCGUGGGUGGAACUCACAAACUUCUUUUUAGCCCGAGCGUUUUAUAUUAUAACAACUUCAGACGUCUUGAAACGAAAAAUGAAGGAGAGUGUUCAAAGAAAGUUAGACGAAAUCAAGUCGAGUGUUAUACCAGAAAUUACUUGCACCGAAUUCUUCUUAGGAAUUCGACCGCCUCUUCUGAAGACUAUGGUAACGCAUAUACCUACUGGCAGUUUGGGAAGAUUUUGGUUCGACAGUGACGUCUCAUACCAGUCAGACAUUCACGCUGAAAUAUCGAUGAAAAUCAAAGUCCCAUUCACACAGACGUGCUUUCCUGUUUUCUUGUAUUUGGCUCUGCCAAGUCUGGAAGGGAAAAGUCGCGUCGAGUUUGCGGACGUUCCUUCGAAGAGUGUGUACAUCUCAUUUCACGAAACCCCCGAGAUCCACGUCGAUUACAAAUUACAAGUGGGGAGGUCAUACUUCCACCCAUCACAGACGAUAGACAACAUCAUCCACUUCGCUCUCAAUAUGAUUGUCACGAAGUUCAUGGUCCUCCCAGACAAGAUCCAAAUAGCUAUUCCACAGAUUUCGGAGGUUGUCAGACAACACGUAGUCAACACAUUUAACCCAUUUGUGGAUAAGGUAUACACUAUCCCUGACCUUGUCAUCAUCUCACCAGUCGAUAACUUAAGAAGUCAUCACCCCGACAUAUUCAGAACAGAAGAAGCGCGACUGAACAAAUCCAAAACAGAGAAGAUCAAGAGGGAGAUGAUGAAAUUCACGGAAGACGCGGCGGUCAAGUACUUCACUUUGGCGUGUAACGGGAUCUUCAAUGGGGAUCUACGGACAGAGAAAACAGUCGAGAAACAACGCAAAAUAUCACAGAAAGAGCAGGAGAAGAAGGACAAGCAGCACCAAAAGGAACUUCUGAAAGAAAAGCAAAUUGAGAAACGACACACCGUCUCCAUCCCAAUUGAGUUCAUUGAAAAAGCUAACGGUAAUACAAGUCCAACGGAAAAGCUAGAAAAACCAGAUCUUUUAAAUAAAGCAGAGACCGAAUUACUCGAAUCUUCAAAAUUGUCGACCGACAGUGGAAAAGUCAGCAGUGACACAAGUAGUGAAAGAAAACCUGAGACGCCUGUCGACAGGAUGAGGAGUUCAUCUCCCAAAGAAGAAAAGGGGACAAAAGAAGUACUUUCUGUCGAACAGAAACCACUCGAAGAGAAGAAAAAGGGGCAAUUCACUAAAUUUAAAGAAAAAAUUUUCGGGAAGAAAAAAGACGAGAAAAAGGAGGAUUAA